CUUUGAGAACACCAAUAGCUAUACGUCUCCGUCUGUGUGCGUCAUCAAUAGCGCACAAACCUUCUUCUUCUCCCUCUUCUUCUCUGUGUGCGUCUCCAUCACCUAAAGUUUCUGAGGAAAUGGACCCUCAACAUGCUGAAGAGACCUUGCGCUUCUUCACCGUUAUGGGUGCCGCCACUCCUGUCCCAGAUCCCUGCAACGCGCGUGGAUUCUUCGACGAUUUCCUUCGCAGCUUCAUCACCGUUGAUCUCAUCCAACGGGGACGAAUCACUUGCACUAUCCUCGCCAAACCCCCUAUCUGUAAUGGGUAUGGAACACUCCAUGGAGGGGCCGUUGCGUCCUUGGUUGAUAUUUUAUCCCAUGCUUGUGCUAGAACUGUUGUUGCAGAAGACAAGGAGCUUUUCCUCGGAGAAACUAGCAUUUCUUACCUCUCUGCCACUCCAAUAGAUGAAGAAGUGGUAGCUAAUGCUUCAGUGGUGAAGAGUGGAAGAAAUUUGACUGUAGUUGCACUUGACUUCAAGCUCAAGAAAACUGGAAAUUCUGUCUAUAUUUGUCAUGCUACCUACUAUAACAUGCCAACUUCUAGUCUAUGAUUAUGAACGUAUAGCUUUCAGGUGCAAGUGGCUCUAUAGAUUCAUAUUGAUUGCCAUACCAAAAUUCUUAAGAUGAAUUAGGCUAUUCAUAAUGUUCUACUUCCCUCUGUUAA